CACCCCAAGCGAACCGCAGCCCAGCCAACGCAACGCACCAACGCCAACGCCACCACUCCUAGCGUUGGCCCGUGAAAGGUAGUGCGCGGAACACACGGACGCAUAAUUCGGCUAAAGUCGCAUUCUCGGUCGUUGCCACCGCGGAGAGCCGUCCGUCGGAUUCCAGUCCGUUCGUGCGCUACUCAUUGUUUCGGAACCGGAGGCAACCCGCAGCAGAACCGCGCUAUGUCGUCGUGUGCCGUCCACUGAUCUCGAUUGUCAAUCCGACAAAGAGGAGCAAACCAUCCCAAAGAGACACGGAACUACUGUGCGCCGUUUCACCGACGACGAACCGACAACUACCAAAGCGGAACGCAAGGCACACUCUGUCGGGCGUCCGGACUUCUGUACCCUUUUUCCCGUACUUCACUGCCCACCCGAACCCAACAGAAACCGUGCCAGCUGCCCUUGCAGAAGGCGUAGCGGUUUGCUUUCUUUUUUUCCUUUUUUCUACCUUUUCUUUUCUUCAAAACCGUCGGAAAGCUGGAUUAUUCAAUAGUCUUCGAAGCGAUGGCUGACCGACUAACUCAGCUACAGGACACGGUGAACCAGCAAGCGGAACACUUUUGCAACAGCAUCGGCAUUCUACAACAGUGCUCGGUACCGAGCAAGUUCGCCGGUUUUGAGCGUACCGGAUCCCAAACGCCUCAGCAGCAAAUCCAGCCGCAGGAAGACUACCCGCAACUAUUCUCCACCCUGAUCUCACGGUGCGCCAAGGACAUUGACACACUCAUCGAAUCUCUGCCGAGCGAGGAGAGCUCCAUCGAACUGCAGGUGCAGUCCCUGCAGAGGCUCGAGGCCGAGAACAAGGAGUCGGCGGAAAAGCUGGAGGAGGUCGUACGGAAGGGCGAAAUGCUGCUGGAGAAGAUUCAGGCCGCGCUCAGCGACAUCGCACAGUCGCAGCUGGACAUGCAGUACUCGUCCUAGGAGGGCGUCCGCUGAAUGUGACUGCUUCCUGCCUGACGAGGAUGCGAAUCAUGUUGUGUGCAAUGUGAGCUUCCGGUGUGCUAGAUAUUUAGUCAAUUGAGAAACGAUUUUAGCCACAUUUAGACAUUCGAACGAACAAGAAGCAACGUGCAGUGGUGCUUCUAGGGAUUCGGAUAUAAGAGGGAAAGCUCGCUGUGCUCUACCUUCCGCUGCCGAUCGACUUUGUUCGGUGGCUCUGGUGUUACCUCUUGCGGCGGCGUGCGGUUCAUGUAAGAAAUUCCGUCGAUGGAACAAUGUAAUGUAAAGAAUAAGGAUGAAAUGUACUUCUUAUGAUCAUCGAUGUUU